AUGACCCUUGGACGCCGCCGGUCCAAAGUCAAGCGACUCUUCCUGAGCCACCAUACCCACGCCACCGACGAGCAGCGCCAGCACUCUGACAGCGCCAUCGCCUCCAGCCACCCUAGUGUUCCCUCUCUUCGCCAGGCCUCCUCACCCUCGCAGAGCUCGGCGGCCACGAUCCCUUCUUCGCCUCCUGCGGCCAUGGAAGCGACAGCGGCAGCAGCAGCUGCAGCAGCCGGUUCAACAAACAAGAGGCAGUCACGCCAGGAGAUUGCAUGGGACACUAUUGCAGGCAUCAAUUCGUACUACGACCACCCAUACGACCCAAGCAAGCACCGCGCCUCUUCCGCGGGCCGACGAUACCCCGACCUCUCCGACACAGCCCGUCGAGUUCAGGUGCACCAACACGCCGCCCAGGCCAGGCAAAUGGACAUUCUUGAAGCGGCCGCCCUGGGGUCAACACUCGAGUUUGCAGCACAGACCGUACCUAUCAUGAUGGGAGACCCGGGGGGUAGACGUACACUUGUUGGCUACACUUCUCAACCUCAACUCUCACACCUCACCACCACCAUAGCUACACACACCACCUCCCGACCAGCGGUCCCGCAGCAGGCCUCUGCGACACCCCGCCGCCACCAGACGGUGGAGUACAGCCCGUCGCCCAAGGCUGCUCGCGGUGCCGCUGCCCCUGCUCAAUCGCCGCUCUCCCCCGUGUUCAUGUACGACACCGAGGGCAUUCCGUGCCCACCGCGCUUCAACACGCUGUCGUACUCUUCAGACGAGGACGAAGAGGUCGCUACGGCAAACGCCCUGGCCGCGCUGGCAUCAGGCAAUGUCACCUCUUCCCACGUCUACAACUACCCCGUGCCUCCCAGGACCCCUCGCGGCCAUGCCUUCCCCACCCCGCCGGCCUCCCAGCAACCCGAGCUCACGCGCGACGAAGUCGAGUUUGCCCGCUUCUCAAAGUUCCUCGCUCGUGCAGCGGCCAAUGCUGGUCCCGGUGCCGUCGCGCCCACUACCGAAGCACACUAUCGGCAGUUUGCCCAGCGGCCCUCGGCGUCCGCCGCGGGACACAUGACGGGCAUCUACAACCUGACAGACGAGCAGUUGUCUGACCGCUUCGACUUUGUCGAGGAGGUCGGCUACGGUAACUGGGGCAGUGUUUGGGUGUGUCGUCUGCGUGACCCGCGCUCAUCCAUGAUGCGCCGUAACGACCCCGGCGUCCGCUUGGGCCGUAUGGCAGCCAUGAAUGGCGGCGUCGGCGCCGCUGGGUGUGUGGCGAUAAAGCUCGUCCAUCGCGACAGUGACCCAGGCCAGAAACAACGCAUUACGGCUCUCUGGCGCGAAAUGAAGAUUAUCAGGUCGCUCCGCCACGAACCACACCCCAGCAUCAUCCAGUUUGAAGCCUUUGUGAUCACACCAACCUAUGCUUUAAUCAUCAUGCCCUACCUGGCCCACACGAUUCCGCUCAAGGUGCCAUUCGAACAAGCCCGCCCGUGGUUCCGCGCCUUGACCAGCGCCGUGGCAUACCUCCACGAGCGCGGCAUCACGCACAACGACAUCAAGCCGCCCAACAUUGUCAUGAACUACAAUGACGUCCCUGUGCUCGUCGAUUUCGGCUUUGCCAACAAGCACGAUGCCGGAUCGCGCGGCCGGUUCCUGUCGGUCCUCACUUUCGGCACUCCAGAGUACCUCGACCCUCAGCGCUCGGCCGGUGCCCCACACGACGAACGUGCAGCUGACGUCUGGGCCCUCGGCGUCACCUGUUACGAGGUGCUCGUUGGCCGCACGCCGUUCGAGUGGGACGAGGACGAGACGUUUGAGGAGCAAGAGGGUCUCGACGAGUACCGCCACCGCACGUAUCUCGGCGAGUGGCUGGGUCACUGGAGCAUGCCGCCCACGGUCGAGAACCUGCUUCGGUACAUGAUCUGUCCCGACCCCGUCGCCCGCAUCACGGCACUCGAGGCGUACCAGCACCAGGCGCUCGCGCCCAGCAAGCCGUCCAUGUUUUCCACGCCGACCUUUGUCCGUGAGGCAGUGUACGAUGUGUCCUUGGACAGGUCGUACGAGGCGGAAAUGGACGAGUCGCUUGAGGAGCACCACCAGCCACCACCUGCCCAGCAGCAGCCCAAGCUCAAGACGGUCAAGAGCGACAUGACGGUCAAGCGCACAAAGAAGAAGGCCCGACCUGCCACGGCACUCGGUCAGCCCGCUAGCGAGAUGCACCUUCGUCCAGCCAAGACCGUGUCGGCUGUCGAGGCGCAGAAACCGCGCCAGACCCCUGUCAAGCGCGUCACCCGUCUCCAGCCCAAGGAGGCAACUCGUGAGGGAACUCGUGAGUUGUACAGACCUCGAUAUUUGGCUAACUCUCUUGCAGCCACAAAGGUCAAGCCGUUGCGUGUUCAAGAGCUUGUCAAAGACCCCAAAGCGCCACGCGUCUCUGCCGGGGAGGCACAGGCGCUCCCACGCCCGUCUUCUGCGGCCGCGGUGCUCACCAAGGGCAAGAACCAGCGCUCGCGCACACCAGUCAAGGCCGACACGUACGAGUCCCCCGGACAAUCACGCGACCGCGACGAGGCCGUUGCGCGCACCAUGCGUUCGCUCGAGGGUCUCAAUGCCCGUGCACGCGAGGAAGAGGCUAGGGCCCGCACCAUGCGCUCGCUCGAGGGCACCAGCCCUCCACCCGUCGCCGACUCGCGCGAAGAUGCUGUGGCCCGCGCCAUGCGCUCCCUGGAAGGUCUCCGGGCCUCGGGUGUCAUCGUACCCCAGAACAGCCCACGUACCCAGUCACCUAGCAAGCAUGCUCACCAGAGGUGCACUAGUCUCGACCUCGCCAAGGAGUUGCACAAAAAGGGCGAGAUGUCCCGCAGUGCCGGUAUUGACCGCCUUGCGGCUGUCGCCGAGGCCGAGACGGACACGUCCUUUGAUUCUACCUUCCUCCCGACCGUAUCCAGCACACCUAGCGCCCAGGCAGCAGCAACGCCUUACACUCCACCGCGCUUCGGAUCCAAGGCGCCCAUGCUCGACGUGUCGAUUUCGAGUGAUACGCUGUUCACACCUGUCACCUUCCGUGGGGGCAGCUCGGUCAGCGGUCAUGCGCGUGUUCUGUCCGAAGACCUCGAGGUGAGGCGUGACCAGGGCCGCGAGCGUGCCCGUAUCGCCAGCGCAGACCUUACACUUGUAUCCCGCUUCCGUGGCGAGCUGCCUCGGCCCAACCGUCCCGUUACCUCGCCCGGUCGCCACGCCAAGCAGAGUACCGCGCCCGAGGCCGUCGGACCAAGUGACGACAACCUGCACCGUCUCGCUGCGUGGGCCAAGACUGUUGAACUGUAUGUCGACGAAGCACGCAAGGCGCGCGCCGAGGGCCAAGAUCUCCCUCCUUUACCCGCCAUGCCCGAGGACCUGGGCACCAUCAGCCUGCGUCCCCUGACGCCAUCUAUUGUCGACCCACCGCAGUUUUCCUCCUUUGGCGUCAUCAAGCCGCACAAGGUCACCAUCGAGUCGCCACCAAAGGUCGAGCACAAGCGCAACUCGAGGCCCACGCUUGCCAGUGUGUUUGGGCACCGUUUGAGUGGCGAGACCUCCGAUCGCGUUUCAUUCACCCACGGCCAAGAGCACCCGCUCCGUCGCGCCAUCAAGCGUAUCCCUUCGCGCAAGUCCGAGUCUGCCCUUGACAAGUUUGGCACCGCGCCAGCGGACAUGCGUCCACCGCGCAUUGUCGAGCCGACCGCCACGCCGCCGACUGCCACGCGCGACCUCAAACACGACCCCAAGGGCGCGCCGUACCAGGUUGAAAUGCUCGCACCCCCAGCUCCAGCCGUCACGACAGCGCUCAACAAGCCAACGAGCAUGGCCAGCUUGCGCGAAAAGGCCCGCCACAUCCUGCACGGCGACAGGGGUGAUCGCGAAGACCGCCGUCUGGCGGCUGAGCGCGCAAACUCGGACCGCGAGCGUGCCCAGCGUGAGCGCGCCGAGCGUGCUGAACGCAUCGCCAAGACUCUCCCUCGCAACGCCCGGUUCCCCGAACCCGAGCCACCUGCAAGUGGUCGCCAGACCCCCGCGACGAUCAGCGGCCGCCAGACCCCCGCGACCAUUCGCGAGAAGCGCAGUAGACUGUUCAACCUGUUCAAGCGCGGCUAG